AUGGCGGGGGGAGAGGAGCAGGGCGACUACUUCGUGAGAGAGAUUGAGAAAAACGAUGGACAGGUAUUGAGAAUGAAGCAGUGCUACAAAGGAGACGUCGGCUGUGUAGUUUGGGAUGCAGCGAUUGUACUCGCAAAAUAUUUAGAGACGAAGCGGUUUUACGACCCUACCUCGGGAGUCAACCAUUGGGCUAAGAAAUAUGUUUUGGAGUUGGGAGCCGGCACAGGAGUUGUUGGUCUCAUGGCAGCAACGCUGGGGGCCCAAGUCACUGUAACAGACCUGGAGGAUUUGCAGACCCUUCUAGAAGUGAAUAUCCAAGAAAACCAGACACUUCUCUCUAGGGGAUCCAUAACAUCCAAGGUACUGAAAUGGGGUGAGGAAGUGUCUGAGUUUCUGCCACCUCCACACUACAUUCUAAUGGCAGAUUGCAUCUAUUAUGAACAGUCGAUUGUGCCAUUGGUGGAAACCUUGAAGCUGCUUGCUGGCUCAGAGACGUGCAUCAUUUGCUGCUAUGAGCAGCGCACUGUAGGCAUCAACCCAAAAGUGGAAAAGCAGUUUUUUGAGUUGCUGCAACAUGACUUCAAGUGUGAGGAGGUUCCUAUGGACAAGCAAGACCCAGAAUUUAACAGUCCAGACAUCCACAUCCUUCACAUCCGACCUAGAGUCUGAGCUUGUCUUUUUGAAUUUGUUAAUGAGCACAUCUACACAUACAUUAGGGAGACGAUUGUAAGACUGCUUUUCUGUAAAUUAUUUUUCCAUCUAUAUAUUUGCUGUAUUAGCUGAAAACUGAAAAAGCUGAAAAAGUAUUAUGACUGGCUGUCUUAACAGCCUGUGAUGGCCUAUUAAAGAAUAGGUUCCCUUUUGUUUUUACAUCUCAUAACAUUGUCUGACAUGAUUUAGAAUUAUAUAGUCAAAAGCUUUACUGAUUGCUUCAGUAUUGAGAAACUUAACACUGAAUCUUCUUGCUGGGUUGACUGCAACACAGUUCUAUGGGGCAAUUGUUAAAGCACUUAAAAGGUAUUAUAUAACUCCUUUUUGAAAAUGGAAAGCUUACUGUACAGUCAUACAUGUCAUUAAGCUGAAAUCUGUGAUGUUUCACCCCUAAUAAAUCAUUACUUGAUCCAUGUUGACCAUGGAGUCAGGUUACAUUACACUAAAAGGCAUCUUUAUCAUGGUUGGCGUUGUCUCCGGUCUUCAUAUACCGCUGUUGAAUUUAUUUUUUUAUUUUCCCUGUUUUUCUCCCCAAUUGAA